AUGCCCCAAAUAACCCUCUACACCUACUUCCGCUCCUCCUGCUCCGCCCGUCUGCGCAUCGCCCUCGCCCUCAAAAACCUCUCCUACACAGCCAUCCCCGUCAACCUCCUAAAAGACGAACAGCACUCCACAAGCAACACCACCCUCAACCCCUCCGCCACGGUGCCUACCCUCCUCAUCGAAUCAGACAACAACCACACAGUCAAAAUAACACAAUCCCUCGCCGCGCUCGAAUACCUCGACGAAACCUUCCCCGACACAGCCUCCCUUCUCCCACCAUCCAGCGACCCCUCCGCGCGCGCUCUCGUCCGCACUCUCUCGCACAUCAUCGCCUGCGACGUCCAGCCCGUCACGAACCUGCGGAUCCUGAAGCGCGUGGCCCCGCUAGGUGUCGACCGCAGUGCGUGGUCGAAGGAGUUGAUCGAGGACGGGUUCCGGGCGUAUGAGGCGAUUGCGGAGAAGUCGGCGGGGAGGUUCAGUGUGGGGGAUGAGGUGACUAUGGCCGAUGUGUGCUUGAUUCCGGCCGUUUGGGGCGCUCAGAGAGUCGGGGUUGAGUUGGAGAGAUAUCCGACUAUUGAUAGGGUUGCGAGGAACUUGGAGGAGGUGGAGGCUGUAAAGUUGGGACAUUGGAGGAAUCAGGAGGAUACGCCGGAGGAGUUUAGGGUUUGA